ACCUCACACAGAGCAAUGGCUCCAAAAAGAGGGGGAAAAGCUCCAGUGGUUGCUGCCAAGAAGAAGCAGGAGAAGGUGGUGAACCCGUUGUUCGAGAAGCGUCCAAAGCAGUUCGGGAUCGGAGGGGCUUUACCUCCUAAGAGGGACCUCACUCGCUUCGUUAAAUGGCCCAAGACCGUUCAAAUCCAGAGGAAGAAGAGAAUCCUCAAGCAGAGGUUGAAGGUCCCACCAGCUCUCAACCAAUUCACCAAGACACUUGAUAAAAAUCUUGCGACAAACCUUUUCAAGAUGCUCCUCAAGUACAGGCCUGAGGAUAAAGCUGAAAAGAAAGAUCGUCUUUUGAAAAGGGCUCAAGCAGAGGCUGAUGGAAAACCUGUUGAGGCAAAGAAGCCUAUUGUUGUUAAAUAUGGUUUAAAUCACGUUACCUACCUUAUUGAGCAGAAUAAAGCACAGCUUGUUGUGAUUGCCCAUGACGUCGACCCAAUUGAGCUUGUUGUCUGGCUUCCAGCGCUGUGCAGAAAGAUGGAAAUUCCCUACUGCAUUGUCAAGGGAAAAGCACGCUUGGGAACGGUCGUCCAUAAGAAGACUGCAUCAGUUUUGUGCUUGACAACUGUCAAGAAUGAAGACAAAUUGGAGUUCAGCAGAAUCUUAGAGGCUAUUAAGGCCAACUUCAAUGACAAGUAUGAUGAAUACAGAAAGAAGUGGGGUGGUGGGAUUAUGGGUUCCAAAUCCCAAGCCAAAACGAAGGCCAAGGAAAGGCUUCUUGCCAAGGAAGCAGCACAAAGAAUGACCUAGAAGUUUCAUAUCUUUGGUUAUUUUAGAACUUUUGAGGUUGUUAUUCUUCUAUAAUUUUGAUGGAGUCUUAUAUAAGUUAAACGUGAGGUUUUCCUUUUCAUUAUGGUAGCUUGUAAUCUGCAAUGAGUGGUUUCAAUGUUUGCACUUGAAGUGACUUAUGUCAGUAGUUAUUUUUAAGAUGGAAUAUGUUUUUUGGUUAAGUAGC